GAGAGGGGGGAAACCGCAAGUGAACCGGUUGGCGUCAGGAAAAGUGAGGAGACAGGGCUGAACCCUUUCACGGGCUGACGGAGGGGUGGAUUGCUUGUGAAACCUCUGUAGAUAACACACAGGUUAUUCUAGACACUUUAACGCCUGGAAGAUCAUGGAUAACAGCAAGAGGACUGUUAUAGUGACAGGUUUUGGGCCAUUUGGAGAACACACUAUCAAUGCCAGCUGGGUGGCAGUACAGGAGCUGAAGAAGCUGGGGCUGGGUCAUGAUGUGGACCUGCAUGUGUACGAAGUGCCUGUGGAGUACCAAACCGUCCAGAGCUUGGUGCCAUCCCUAUGGAAACAGUACCAUCCACAGCUGGUGGUGCACGUGGGACUGUCCGGGAUGGCCACCACGGUCACCUUGGAGAAGUGUGGUCGUAACCACGGCUACAAGGGCCUGGACAACUGCAGCUUCUGCCCUGACUCUCAGUGCUGUAUUGAGGGGGGACCCGACUGCAUCGACUCUGUCAUUGACAUGGACUCUGUGUGCAAGAGGGUGACCGCUGCAGGGCUGGGGGUGGCUGUGUCUGUGUCCAAAGAUGCUGGAAGGUACCUGUGUGACUACACCUACUAUACCUCUCUGUACCUGAGCCGGGGAAGGUCUGCCUUUGUGCAUGUGCCCCCGCUUGGGAAACCAUACAGCGGCGAGGACCUGGGCCGGGCUCUGCAGGCCAUUGUCCAAGAGAUGCUGGACCUGCUGGACCAAGCCGAAAACAAAAUCAACUGCCAGCACGGACACUGAGUGACCUCCAGCCAUGAACAGCGAAAGCCAGCUCCCAGACAGACCCACCCCCCACCUCCCUACAAGGGAUUGCACUUAAACACAACCAGCCGGACAAAAACGCUGAAGAAUUCAUUCCCUCCCUCAGGCUUACCCCCAGCCUCCAAUCUACAUAGACACCUCUCCAUCCACUCACCUCCCAUCAGCCCCUCUGCUUCCAGGCCACCCUGUGUCUGAGAGAGAACGCUAAAAAGGAUGAGAGGACUGGAAUGAGAGAGGGAUGCUUAAAAAGCAGUUUGGCACAGACAUGGCUAUUGGCGAAAGGCGAGGAUAUGUCAAGGAGGGAACAGUUUCAAUACACAUCAUAGCGCCGUGGGCCAGUGGUCCCGUGGUGAGAGGUGAGAGCAGCUGUUGGAGGGAUGUUUAUGUGUCAGCAUGGCACAGCAACACUGAAACCCAAAGUACAGACCUCAGAGUUCCCCAGUUCAGAGUCUAACUACAAGCUCCAUCUUAUUUAUUUCUCCGUCUCCAGUUCAUUGUCUGAUUUUCUUAACA